UUGUGCUGCAUAAUAUUUUUGUGGGAACCUGAUUUUUUUCCAAGAUUCUCUGAAUGAAUAGAACAGCAUUUAUUUGAAAUAGUAAUCUUUUGUAAUUAACAUUAUUAACGUCUUUGCUGUUACUUUUUACCAAUUUAAUGUAUGCUUGCUGAAUGAAUAUAUUAAUUGAUUUUUUUUUUUUUUUUUUUUUUUUUAAUUUAAUGACCGCAAACUUUUAAACGGUAGUGUAUUAAAAUGUCCGUGUCAAUCACAAUAAUGUUACCAGACGCGAAGUCUCUUGACGCAUGCGCAGUUCUGGUAUUGUUCAUACCGGUAGUCUGUGGAACACAUUGGAAAAUAGUAAGUGCGUCUCGCGCCCAACGUGGUUACAAUAAAAGACGCUUUAAUAGAUGCACGACGCGCCUUUAUAGUUAAAGAGACGGAUAUCACUGCAGGUAUUUGCUGACAAUAUGAGCAAAACACCUCCUAACAGGCGAGGAAUUACUUUUGAGGUGGGCGCUGCUCUUGAAGCACGGGACAGUCUGAAGAACUGGUAUGCUGCCAACAUCGAGAAGAUUGAUUAUGAGGAUGAGAAAGUCUUAAUCCACUAUCGCCAGUGGAGCCAUCGCUAUGAUGAGUGGUUUGACUGGGCCAGUCCGUAUCUGAGGCCCAUGGAGAGGGUUCAGCUGAGGAGAGAGGGACGGCAGGAAGACAGCUUUAUCCCUGGAUUUCAUGUGAAUGACAAAGUUCUUGCAAGUUGGUCUGAUUGUCGAUUUUAUCCUGCUAAAGUCUUGGCCGUCAAUAAAGAUGCAUCCUACACUGUUAAGUUCUAUGAUGGUGUCAUCCAAACAGUCAAAGGAAUCCAUGUGAAGCCCUUUACCAAAGAGAGUAGAAAGAAACUAACUGACAAAAAUGGAGAGAAGUCUAUGGUAAAAAAGACAGUAAAGGACAAGAAAAUGGAGGAGAAUGAAGUCAGCGGUGAUAAACAAGCAGAAGGACAGACUGACCGUGUUCCUGAGGAAGAGGAGGGUGAGAACUCGGUCUUGGAUGGAGAGGAAGGUGAACAGAAGAAAAGCAAUGGGAAUGGGAAAUGCCUUGAAGUGGAAAAUAUAAGCAUAAAGGAGGAAAAUGCAGAGGGAGAGAGAAUCUUAGAGCAAAUAGGGCAGCACAACUACAGUAAGUUAUUUCUGAAGAGGGGCUCGGGGCCUGAGGAGAGAGAAGAGAAGGCCAGGGUGAAAAUGGAGGACUCUGUGAUGAUUGACUUGGGCAUGAACUUUAAUGAGGGGAUGGUAAAGAGAAAUGAGACAGAGGAAGCAGAAGUCCUGGAACAAAAAGAGGAGGAAAUCAAAGGACAAGUUCUUCCUCAUGACAGAAAGUCACGGAGGCAGCGAAUAAGAAGGAAGAGGAGACUAUCAAUGGCACGAAGGAGCUCCAAAAAAAGCAAGACUGAUUCAGAAAAAAGUUUUCAUACUGAUUCCAAGCCCAUAUGCGCAUCCACCAAUCAGAGAACUCAAGGAAAAGGACCAGACCCCUUAUGUCUGACACAACCGUCCAAUGACACAGCAGUACCUAAGGCUCAGUGCCAAUCAGAAACCUUUAAGCCUACAGCAGUGAAAAAACAAGCAUACCAGAACCCUAACCGGUUCAGCAGAGAACCAUUAUACAGAGUAAUCAGAAACCAACCGCCACCAGUGCUAUCUAUCAACCUGGACCAUAAUCUAUAUAAAUGCAGUGCUCCUGGCUGUACGAAGUCUUUCCGCAAAGCAAAACUCCUGCACUAUCAUAUGAAAUACUACCAUGGAGAUGAUCGUCUGAUGGAACUGGACCAGAUCAGGGCAAUGGACAAACAGACCGCACUUAAUAAUCAGGAUGGCUCCAAGAAGAGGUGCAUUACGUCGCAUGAGUGUGCACAGGUGACUGUGAAGAGACGCUCUCUUGCGCCCCCUGUUGUCAGUGCACAGAAUUACCAACGAUGGCCUACACUGAAGGACAAGACCAGAGAGAAUCAGCUAGACAGCAACAUGCAUAGAUACUUCAACAAGGAAAGAGAGAGGAGAUUUAUGGAAAUGGAAGGUGUGAAAGAACGUGACAAGGUGAAAGAGAAACAGACUGGAGACUUCCUGCGUAUAAAGUUGAAGGAAAAGAAAAAGAUGAAGAAAAACACAUCAGAUGAGGAUAGCAUUUCUGAUUGGUCCUCUGACAGCUGUGGCUGGAGUGAAGAUGAAAUGGGGGCGGAUCUGGAUGUCAUCGCCUCCCCUCUCAGCUGUAGCUCUGUAGCCUCGACUACAGGAAGUCAGGAAACUGUCCGCUGUGUGUGUGAAGCAGAAGAGGAAAAUGACUUCAUGUUACAGUGUGAAGAGUGUCUGUACUGGCAGCAUGGAACCUGUAUGGGUCUCCUGGAAGAGAACGUUCCAGAACGAUACGCUUGCUUCAUUUGCCGGGAUUCUCCAGGGCAGAACAGAGGUCAAAGACAGAGCCUGCGGUACUGGUAUGAUAGGGACUGGCUUAGCACCGGCCAUAUGUACGGCCUCUCUUUCCUAGAGAACUACUCCCACCAGAACGGCAAGAAAAUCGCAGCCACUCAUCAGUUGUUAGGGGACGUUCAGCAUGUGGUGGAAGUCCUCAAUGGCCUGCAGCUCAAAAUCAGCGUGCUACAGAGCCAGACUCAUCCAGACCUCAAGUUGUGGCAGAAGCCGUGGAAGCUGACUGAGAGAUCCAGGAUGAAAAGCACGGCUCUUCCAGACGCAAAAACAGUUUCUUCAUCAGCAUCCUCAGAAUCCAUUUUACGUAAAGAGCCCUUCUCUUCAUCCUUCCAGGACUACAUUAGCAGUGAACACUGCUACCAAAAGCCACAAACACUGUACCAAGUGUUGGAGCCGAGGCUGGUGCUGAAGACACAAUUUGAGUCGUUGUUGGAAAACCGAUCACACAAUACUGAGAGAGUGCUGAAGAAUGAACCACACUAUUAUGGAGAGAUCCAACCAGCACUGCUGAAGACAUCUAGUACUCAGCUGUUCAACCACAGGAUGGAUGUAGGAGAGAAGCUUGAGGCAGGUGGUGAUGGAGGCGGGGUUAAGGGCGGAGCUCAGCCCCAGGAGUGGAGGAUCAACCUGCUGGAACAUAUCGAGACUGUACAAGAAGAGGUUACUCACAGGAUGGACUUCAUCGAAAGGGAGCUUGAUGUGCUUGAAAACUGGCUGGACUGCACGGGUGAGUUGGAGCCUCCAGAGCCAUUGGACCGUCUGCCUGAACUCAAGCAAAGCAUCAAACAGCUGCUGAAUGAACUGGGAAAGGUGCAGCAGAUCGCUCUGACUUGUGCCACAUGAGGGCGCCAGGGCAUAUUUCACUAUCAUCAAAGGACUACCUCGGAUUAAUACAUUCCUAUACCGGGCCACAAAACCAAAGAGCCUAAAGAAUAAUAGACUGAGGACAAACUGUUUGUUACAGAGUCGGUGAUUCUGACUGUGGACUUGGAAUUGAGAGCGAAUGUCGCAGAACUUUAUCACCUCACCUAUCCUUUUACAGCAAAUGUGAUCCAGAUGCUUUUCAUCCUUUGUUUCACCAAAAUGAAACCUAUAACAAAAUACUUUAAAUGUAUGUUUGCCGAAAGGUAUACAAGACAUGUCUUUGUCAUUUAACAAUGCACUGCAUGCCAUGCACCAUUUUCUUAAUAUUUUUACACUUAGUCAUAAAGCAAGUUUUUUUUUUUUCAGAGAAAAAGUAAUAAGUUAUUCAUGUUUAAUCUAAAAGCCUACUUGGAUAGUAACGGCUAACAAAGGCAAGGCUAGUAACCUCUAUAGUAACCCCAUUAACCUCUAUUUAACAAGUUGGGUGUGAAGUAAAAUGUACACAAUGAAACAACUGUUUAUGUGCUCCAUUGUAUUUAAAGGACCUUAUGCUUAUAAAAGUUCAAAUGUUUUUUGAAUAUUGCAUAUUUAUUUCUGAAAAACUGUGAAUUUCAUAAUUGCCACAAUCCUCUACUAUACUAUUCCUUUAAGUGUUGUGCAGUAAUGUGGUCUGUGUCAUCACUUCAUUAUGGAUUAGCCAUAAAAUGUUUAGUAUAUUAACAAAGACUGAACCACAUGACUGUUUGUCUAAAAGCAGAAACUGGAAAUGCUGAAUUUCCUGUUCUAAAUGCAUUUCAGUAUUGCAAUUCUAAAAUUUAAAUCUAUGCACAUUAGCUAUUAUCUUGGUGAACAUACACUACCGGUCAAAAGUUUAAUGUUUUUCAACGAAGUCUCUUAUGCUCAUUAAGGCUGCAUUUAUUUCAUAAGAAAUACAGAAAAAACAAUAAUAUUGUGAAAUAUUAUUACAAUUUAAAAUUAUGGUUUUCUAUUUUAAUAUACUUUAAAAUAUAAUUUAUUUCUGUGAUGCAAAGCUGAAUUGUCAGCAUCAUUACUCCAGUCUUCAGUGUCACAUGAUCCUUCAGAAAUCAUUCUAAUAUGCUGAUUUGAUACUCAGUUAUUAUCAAUGUUGGAAACAGUAAUUUUUUUUGAAACCUGUGAUACUUUUUCCAGGAUUCAUUGGUGAAUAAAAGGUUAAAAAGAACAGCAUUUAUUCAAAAUAUAAAUCUUUUCUAACAAUAUAAAUCUUUACUAUCACUUUUUAUCAAUUUAACACAUCUGUGCUGAAUAAAAGUAUUAAUUUCUUUAAAAAAAAAUGACUGACCCCAAACUUUUGAACGGUAGUGUAUAUUGUUACAAAAGAUUUCUAUUUUAAAUAACUGCUGAUAUUUUUUAACUCUUUAUUCAUCAAAGAAUCCUGAAAAAGUAUCACAGGUUAUAAAAUAAUAUUAAGCAGCACAACUGUUUCCAACAUUGAUAAUAAAUCAGCAUAUUACAAUGAUUUCUGAAGGAUUACGUGACACUGAAGACUGGAGUAAUGAUGCUGACAAUUCAGUUUUGCAUCACAGAAAUAAAUUAUAUUUUAAAGUACAUUAAAAUAGAAAACCAUCAUUUUAAAUUGUAAUAAUAUUUCACAAUAUUAUUGUUUUUUCUGUAUUUAUUAUUAAAUAAAUGCAGCCUUAAUGAGCAUAAGAGACUUCAUUCAAAAACAUUAAAAAUAGUAAUGUUUCCAAACUUUUGACUGGUAGUGUAUAUAUAAAAUUCUGUCAUUAUUUACAUAUAUCUUUUCAAUACUGUAUGACUGGAAAACCCUCUAUAUUAUGCAUUAUGUUGAAGAUUCGCUUGUUUAACACGUUGUUGAAACUUGAGACAGUUACAAUAAAAGCACUUUGUAUGCAUAUGUG